GACAUUUAUCUCUUCUUUGAGUAAAGCCUACUGUGUGAUGGAGAUGACAAUAAUUCUCCUACUCUGUCUUUGUGGGAUGAGCGUAUCGGAACAUGUGGAGUCGGGAUCUAACGUGCGGCUGGGUAAAGAUGGAGAUACUCGUCACAGAGUGAAGCGCAGUUGGGUGUGGAAUCAGUUCUUUGUUCUAGAAGAGUACACUGGAAAUGACCCCCUCUAUGUUGGCAAGCUUCACUCCGAUGUUGACCAAGGAGACGGCAACAUCAAAUACGUUUUGUCAGGAGAAGGAGCUACCUCCAUCUUUAUCAUUGAUGAAAACACCGGGGAUAUCCAUGCAACCAAGAGGCUAGAUCGUGAAGAACAAGCAUACUAUACUUUGCGAGCGCAAGCUGUGGACCGUUUGACCAACAAGCCAGUAGAGCCCGAGUCCGAAUUUGUUAUUAAAAUACAGGACAUAAAUGAUAAUGAGCCAAAAUUCUUGGAUGGACCUUAUACAGCUGGGGUUCCAGAGAUGUCACCUGUGGGAACUUCAGUCAUUCAGGUUACUGCCACCGAUGCCGAUGAUCCAACCUAUGGAAACAGCGCAAGAGUAGUCUACAGUAUUCUACAGGGACAGCCAUACUUCUCAGUAGAACCAAAAACAGGCAUUAUCAGGACUGCACUUCCCAACAUGGACAGAGAAGCUAAGGAUCAGUAUCUCCUGGUCAUUCAAGCAAAGGACAUGAUAGGACUAAUGGGAGGCCUGUCUGGAACGACUUCGGUGACUGUCACCCUCUCUGAUGUCAAUGACAAUCCACCACGCUUCCCGCGCAAAUCCUAUCAAUACAAUAUACCAGAGUCGUUGCCUGCGGUCUCUGUAGUUGCCAAGAUAAAAGCUGCAGAUGCUGAUGUGGGACCAAAUGCUGAAAUGGAAUAUAGGAUUAUAGAUGGCGAUGGCCUUGGGAUGUUUAAAAUUUCUACAGACAAAGAAACUCAGGAGGGAGUCAUAUCACUUGAAAAGGAAUUGGACUUUGAAACAAAAUCAAGCUAUAACUUAAGAAUUGAAGUCACGAACAAAAACAAUGACACUCAGUAUAUGAACCUGGGACUCUUUAGUGAUACGACGGCUGUGAAGAUUAUCGUGGAGGAUGUGGACGAGCCGCCCAUAUUUAACUCACCUGUUAACAGGAUGGUAGUUUCUGAAGAGGCUAAGAUUGGGACCAUCAUUGGAACCGUGGCUGCACAUGACCCCGAUGCCUCCAACAGUCCAAUUAGGUACUCAAUUGAUCGUAAUACUGACCUAGAAAGAUACUUCAACAUUGACGCCACAACAGGUGUCAUUAGCACAGCAAAGCAACUAGAUCGAGAAAUGAAUGCGGUCCACAAUAUUACACUUCUAGCAAUGGAAAGUUACAACCCUACUCAAGUUGGAAAGGGAAUUGCCCUCAUCACAGUUUUGGACGUUAAUGACAAUGCACCGAUGUUUGCAAUUGAGUAUGAAACAUUUCUCUGUGAACAUGCACAACCGGGUGAGGUUAUCCAAACAAUAAGUGCUGUUGACAAAGAUGAACCGCCCAGUGGUCACAGAUUUUACUUUGCCCUGACUCCAGAGACGGCAAGCAAUUUAAACUUUACCCUCAGAGACAACAAAGAUAAUACUGCAUCGAUUCUUACCAAAAGAAGUGACUUCAGAAGACAAGAGCAAUCAAUUUAUAAGUUGCCAAUCUUGAUCGUGGACAGCGGGACUCCUUCACUAAGCAGCACAAACACGUUAACAAUUCGGGUUUGUGACUGUGAUACAGAUGGCACGGCCCAAUCCUGUAAUGCCGAAGCAUAUAUUCUACCAGCUGGACUUAGCACAGGAGCACUUAUAGCAAUAUUAGCCUGCGUCCUCACAUUGUUAGUUCUCGUACUCCUUAUAGUGACAAUGAGAAGAAGAAAGAAGGAGCCCCUCAUAUUUGAUGAGGAAAGAGACAUUCGAGAGAAUAUCGUCAGGUACGAUGAUGAGGGAGGCGGGGAAGAGGACACCGAGGCCUUUGAUAUGGCUGCUCUGAGGAACCUCAAUGUCAUCAGAGACACCAAGACUCGGAGGGAUGUGACUCCAGAAAUCCAGUUCUUCUCUAGGCCUUCUUUUAAAAGUAUUCCUGACAAUGUUAUUUUUAGAGAGUUCAUAUGGGAGAGACUAAAAGAAGCCGACAUUGAUCCCUGUGCUCCUCCCUAUGACUCCCUGCAGACUUAUGCUUUUGAAGGCAACGGCUCAGUCGCAGAGUCACUCAGCUCAUUAGAAUCACUGAGCACAGACUCGGACCAGAAUUAUGAUUACCUCAGUGACUGGGGACCUCGUUUCAAGAAAUUGGCAGACAUGUAUGGAAACAAUUCUGAGGACAGUAUAUUUUCUUAGCCUUGGAGUUAUAACGUGGAGCGUGCACUAAAGACAUUUAUUAUGAAAGUGUUAAAAUUUGAAAAGAACAAAACCUAACUUUAGAGCUGUGGAACAUUCAAUAGAGCUAAGUCAAUUAAAAUGAUUCAAGCAAUUUUUAAUAACCUUUGAAAAUAAGUCACGAACGACUAAGCACUUGUUUAUGCCUACACGGAAUUGCGGCUCAGAGAGGCAAGACACAAAGCUGCCUCCGUCUCAUCAAAUGCUGCUCAGAUUUCCAUUCCACUGCCGAGAUAAACCCGAAGAUCUGUGUGUUAUUUAAAGCAAUGUCUUACAUGUUUCCUGUUUUCGAUAUGGCAUUUGCUAUUUAUGUAUUCUGUCUGUAGUAAUUAGACAGUACAUCAAUCAGCCAUUGCAGCAAAAGCGCAUCCCAGCAUGUAUGUUGUGGGUCCUUGGAUAUUUUUAAAGGAACCCAUAUGAGAGUGUGCUAAUGGUCAAGGAGAUUCGGUGUCUAAAUGAUCUGUGGGUCUGGCACAGGUCUGACACCAUAUGCGCUCUAUUACUAUGUAAAAGAGAUUUUCAUAAUCACACUUAUUAAAAGAAUCA